AUGGUGCACAUGAACGAUGUGACGAAUCUGAUGGACAAGAUGAUGAAAGUAGAUAUUUUUCAUCCAUCGGAGAAACUUCGGAUGUUAAAAGACGAGGACAAAACGUUUCUCGAUCCGAAUAUAAUAAUGGAUACGAGGCAUCGAAUACUCCGUGAGAAUUUGUCCGUUUCGCCCGCGAAAGCUUCCGUUUUCGCGGAAGCAAAAAAAUUAUUGACGCAGGAAGAAACGACGCAAUCGUACAUGAAGAAGCAGCAACGAUUUCUCGAAAGGGAACUGAAGAGAUUCGAGAUGGAGUUGAGCAAAUCCCGGCCGAAGUUCUCGAAAGCCUAUACGUGCAAAAGAGGGGGAAACUUUGCACCGUCUGACGACGAAGAGUUUUGGAGAACGUCCAGAAAAUUGAGAAACAAGGUUGUAAUCGAGAGUAUAAAAAAUUCUUUGCAGAAUAUUAGUAACGAGAGAACAGAGCUUUUCCGGAAGAAGACCACGGUAACGGAAACCAAUGAAUCUUCGUUGAAAGCGGAAGUUGGGAGGAGUAAAGAGGAGGCGGAAUGGGAAGGGAUUGGAAGUAUAAAAGUGACGAUUAAAGACAAAACUAACGUGACGACAGAAACGCAACGUUUGCUUCUUUUAAGGAAAUAUUUCGACGUUUUGAAAGAGAACGCUAGAGAAGAACGUCGUUUCCGUGAGAUCAGGACGAAGAUUCGACAGAGCACGGUCUCGAAGAUAACGAGAAAAUACUUCGAUAUUUGGAGAAUGCGUGCGAGAGACGCGAGAGAUAACGCGGAGAAGCGAAAAGAGGAACCGGAAGUGAUUGAAGAACGAAGAAUCGAGAUGUUUAUAAACGCAAUUACCGAACGUCAAAGAGAGAUGAUGAAGAGUCAGAAAUCAAGGACGAAAGAUAGCUGUCCGAUGGUUAAAGAAUGGAACAAACCAGAUACGAGAAAGAAAAGCACAUAUUGUAAACGCAUUAUUGUCGAAUCGCCAGCGCAAAGUCGAUUGAAUGCUCAGAAGCAAAUAAUAGAAAGGCAGAAAGUGAAAUUGGCCGAGCAGAACAGAAUCAUCGAGGAAUUGAAAUUGAAACAGAUGCAAAAGGACAUAUCCAGAGCGAAUAAGGAGACGGUGGAUAUAGCCAAAGAGACACUGAAUCAUUUUGGGCAAAAAACAAGGAGGACGUUGAUUCAAUUGAUGCAACAAAAUGGAUACAGAGACGAAAGUUUCACGAUACCUCAACUAGCAUCGGAUCCACCGAAAUUUCUGUUGAGGGUGGAAGCUCGGGCUGAGGCUAGACGAAGAAGAGUGAAAUUGGCCGAAGAGAUACGCAGGGAGAAGCAGGAGGAACAGAAAAGAAAGGAAGAGGCUGCUAGAAUGGAGGAGGAACAGAAGAAAAGAAGAUUACAACAAGAGGCUUUGGCCGAGGUCAGACGAUUACGAAAAGAACAAGAACGAAAGCGACAAUGUGAAACAGAAAUGUUUCAAAGAUUGAACAAUUUGGCAGAUGAAUUUUAUCGAAAGUAUCUUCUACGACGUUACAUAAUGGAACCUUUCGCGAUGCUUCUUGAAGAAAAAAAGUAUAAUAUGAAAAAAGCGGAAGAUCAUUACAGAGAGAAAUUGACGAGGAAAAUAUUUGCAACGUGGAGAAACGAGACGGAAAUUCGGUGUAAAACGAGAGUUGAAAUAGCCGAAUCGUUCUGUAACGGAAAUUUAACGACGAGAAUGUUUAAGGAAUGGAGACAGAUGGCUAAAGAAGUGAAUCUAAAACAUCAAGUUGCAAUGGACUUUCACGAUAUGAAAGUCUUAGACAAGUAUUUUAAGAGAUGGCGAAUAACAACCCUUGAACUUAAAGCAAAAUCUGAAGAAGAAAGAAAGUUAGCUGACGGUAUUUAUGAAAAUAAAUUAAAAGCUAGGUACUUUGGUUUGUGGAAGAAGUAUCUCGUGAUCGCCGAAGAUAUUAAAGAAAGCGAGAAGAGGAAAGAUGAAUUGAGACAAUUGGUGCAAAAAGUGAUUCCUGACUUUGAUCCUAAACAGAGGGGUGUAGCACUGGAGGAUUAA